GUCUAGCAGCCAACACAUCUCUUCCAAAACAAAUCAAAAUGCAAUUCACCACCUUCCUUUCUCUGGCUGUCGCGGCCAUUGUCCCCGCUCUGGCUGCAGACAACGCUGCUCAGGAGAACAUCGAGGCCUCCGUUUUCCCCCUCCCCCACUUCAACGGUCCUCCCACCUUCAACGACGGUGACGCAUCUUGCUUCACUUCCGUCACCGGCGAGAUCCACUCCGUCAAGCAGGUUCCUGGCAUUACCUGCCACAUCUACUUCGACCACAACUGCGGCGGCGACAGCCUUCCCGUCACCGUUGACAUCCCCGAUGUCGUCCACGCUCACCACAACCCCGCUCUCAGCGCUCGCUGCUACCGGUAGAUGGCUUCCAGCCAUGGGGGAGUGUAUGAUUCCUAGGGUAUUGGCUUGAACCUCGGUAUAUUUACAACCUGUCUUUGGUUGGGGGGG